UUGCUCAUAAUAUGAAUACCCAUCAACCAUGAUAGUCUAGUUUUAACCUGAUACAGUUCGUUUUCCGUCAAUGGAUUGUAAUAAAACUGUCAGCGACGAUAAAUUUACAGACGACGUGGUGACCGUUUCAUAAAGUCAAUUUAGCAACACGAAUAGUCAUUUACUUUACCAUUGUUAGAUGUCGGAUUUCGUAAAUGAGACAAUUGUUGUAUUAUUGGGUCCAGACGGACACGGAAAAAGUUCGACUGGUGUUAAAAUUCUUGGACGCGAGGAGUUUAAGAAAGAAUUAGACUUGAGCCGAAGACGAUAUCAUUCAGGAAAUCAAAUAAAAAAAGCUACGUGCUCAAUAAUUAUUGGUUAUCGUUCUAUUGAGUAAGAAAUAGUCGACACUUCGGGACUUUUUAAAUCAGGAGACGUAGCAGAGACAGCGCUGCUACUCCUUCAAGUAUCAGACUUGAGACCACAUGUGUUCCAUAUUCACUAAGGAUGAACGACACACAACCGAUAUGUUGAGAAUUGUAUUCGGUGACCGUGUAUUUGAACGCCCGCUAAUAAUUUUAACUUGGGCAGAUGAGUUUGAAAGUGGACAUAAAUUUGUGGAUUUAAUGAAGAUGUUCGACGAUGGCAAAACGCUUUCAAAACUGUGUGGAAAUCGGGUCCUGCUAAUUGAUAACGUAAAGAAAAGAUUUGACUUUGAUAAUUUUCGUGUAUUAAUUGAUGGGAUUUCACAGUGUUGACGGUUUGUCUACGAUUUAGAUUACAGCCUGACCCUUAAAUCUAUCUUCCACAAUUGUCUAGACGGCCUAGCCGAUAACACUAUUGCAAUUCAGCUUGAAGAAAUAAACACAGAACUUGGUCGGCGAUUGCCUCAUGGGGAAUUGUCAGUGUCUGUUAAUGAGACCAGAUACAACGGAGCACAGCCCAUGUCAUUAAGGAGCAACAUAUCUUUUAAGCAGAAACUUGACUAUAAGAUUGUUCUUGUCGGGAAAAUUGGAAAUGGAAAAAGUGCGACUGGAAACACCCUCCUUGGGCGGGAAAGCUUUAAGUCGACAAUGAGUGCAAAAGGAGUCACAAACGAUGUUUACAGCGCCAGGUAUACUACGACGAUCGGUUUUUCUGAGUUGGUGGCUGAAAAUAUCGAUACACCCGGGUUAUUUGAUUGUGGAAACGUUGCAGAAACGGCGUUGAAACUUCUUGAUGUUGUUGACUUGAGGCCAAAUGUCUUCGUUCUGGUCUUCAAAGCAGGUCGUUUUACGGAGGAAGAAAAAUGUACGGUUGAUAUGUUCAGGAUUAUAUUUGGCGAAAAGGUAUUCAGGCAAACUCUUAUAGUUAUAACGCACGGGAGUGAAUUUCAAGACGAAGAAGAUUUUGCCAUGUUUUUAAGUAAUUCUGAACAUGUCAACAAGCUAACUGAGCUUUGUGGAAAACGUGUGAUGAAAAUCGAGAACAGGACGAAAGAUUUCGAUGUAGAGAAAUUUUACAGGUUAAUAUUCAAAAUAACCCAAAAUGGAAAACUGUUUUAUGUAAACAAACAUGCGAAAUACCAUAAGGAUGUUUUGCAAAAAUAUCUCCAUAGCCAAAACGGUGACAAGAGCAUACCAGUUCAGCUUCAAGAAAUGAGUGUAGAGCUCGGACGACGGUUGCCAAACUGGAAGGUCCCGCUGAUCGCCGGUGCGGUUGUCGGCGCCGCCAUGACUGGUGGAGGGAUUCUGAUGUUAGGAGCACUUGGUAGCGCUACCACUGCAGCUGCUGCUGCUGCAGGUACUGGAGUCUUGGCGUCGUCUGUAGGAAGCGCUGCGGCCUAUGCCGGAAAUAUGGUGGCUGCUGGGGGAGCGGUGGCGAUUCAAGGUGCGGCAGUCGUUGGUGCUGGAGUUUUAACAUUGGGAAAAACUCUCGGACCACUUCUUUUGCGCAAGUUCUGGUGACUCUAGGUAUAUCGUUAGUGUUCUCUACUAUGUUUACAUAUUCAAACUUCUCUCCAUCAAUGGCUGAAGGGGACGUAUCUUUCAUGGGUUAACAUCACGUUCUUUUGUGUAAAUUUGGAAAAUAAAAUUGAGCACGUAAGAUUGAGAGGCAUUACAACUUGUUUGCGAACUAAUUUUAUUAGUCAGACAUGUUUCUUAUGUGGAAAACUGUAUCUGCAAAUCGCAACAUUUAAGGAAAGUUAAUGACUCACGAGACUUUGCCAAAUUUAUUAGACCUUUUCAGCUCUCUCGGGCACAAAGAGCACUGGGUUUAGAUACUGUGGCCACCUUAAUACCUGCGUACUUCGUCGUGCGUUGGGGAUCUUCAUAUUUGAUCUCGUAAGGGCCCUUAUGUUUCAUCUUUAUAAAACUUUUCUAUAAUUUUUAUCUUGGCAUAGCUUGGCCGAGUUUGAAUAAGCUAUUUCAUGCGAUAUUAAAAUCUAGGUCGACCGGUAAAAUGUUACAAAAACCUUGUUACAAUUUCAGAGGCCACAUGUGUGACACAAUCUUGAUAAAACUUGGUAAAAUGUUUAUCUUGCUUAUACCUGGGUCUAGAACAAAUCGGGAUUACCUUUGUUCCAAAACAAGGUCAGUAGGUCAGGUCUUAGAAAAACCUUGUCACAACUCUAGGUGCCAUAUUAAUUAUCUAGCUUAAACAUGGUCAGACGGUUUAUCUUGACAUAAUCUACAUCGUAUUUGAAUCUUGAUCGAGAACGCCCGAAAUUGAAGUCAACUGGAUGAAUCUCAGAGGAACAUUAUUGUCCCUCUAGAAGCCAAAGUUAAGAGUCGGUCUCGAUGUAAUUUGGUCAGAAUGUUUAUCUUUACAAUAUCUAGGCUGAGUUCGAAAAUGAAACAUGUGCGUCGAAAAACUUAUUCACAAGGUAUAAUCCUAUUUAUUUUUUAAACGACUGUUAGCACUCAAGAAGCCACAUUUUUUACUCAAUAUGGAUGAAAUUUCGUCAGAAUUGUUGUCUUGCCAAUUUCUAGGCUGAGUUUGAAUCUGGUGAAUGUGUAUCAAAAAAUUAAGGUCACCAGGUCAAAGCUUUAAGAACAUUUUACAACUCUACACUCAAUAUCAAUGAAACUUGGUCAGAAUUUUUAUCUUGACAUUAUCAAUACCAUUGUUUUUUGUCAUGUAGAGUAAAAAAUCGCAAUAGAUUACAUUGAAAUUUAGGGUAAUCAUAGCAAUAUAAUAUAUUGUGUCCUUCAGUUCUCUUUCAUGACUUUAUUAAAACAUGACCUACAGGGAUAGCUCUUAUUAGGUGUACUGAUUUGGGAAGUAUCGUGUGUUCGGAAUUAGUAAAUAAUGUAAAACAGACCCCUAAUUUGGCAAGAUUGCUUCCAUGAAAACUUUAAUGUAUUCAGAUCAUUUCAUUUAUUGCUAUGUUGUAAAAUAUGAUUUAAUUAGUUAAGAAAGUAUAACAGUAUAUAACUUUAACAGACCUAUGGAUAAUGUUGCGUUUGUUUCUUGAAUGCUUAUUGAUUAAGAGUUUCAAUAUAUGAACUAAUUUUACAAAGAAAACGUUUAAAUAAAUAUUACACUUUAUUCUAGGAUUUCAUAUUUGAAAUACAUUUUGUUUGAAAACGGUUGUAGUGUUCGGCAUUAGCAGUAGAUUGUUUAUUUAAGUUUGUGUGUGUAAUUAUUUGGUGAAACGUAUGUGUUAACGAUCUUUUACACUUAGCAUUGCAUAUACAAUUUGUAUUUGUAUACAACCGCAGAGGGGUUUCUAAGGAUUUUCGUCUGUGUGUUCUUUCUGUCAAGACAAUCAAUCUUGUCAGACAAAGUAUUCUUUCAACAACAAAAUUCGAAAUUGCUUGAAUUACUAUUUAUGAUAUGAAGAUAAGCAUAGGCUAUUUGUAUAAGAAAGAUAUACAAAUUUCUUUUUAAAAAAGCCCAUUUUCAACGUAGAAUUAUAACAACAUGAUUAUUACAACUUGCUCCUAUAAAGGUGUCAAAUGAUGCGAGUUAAAAAAAACUCAAAUACAUGUUUGCACAUUUCUGUUCUCAAAUAAUCACAGACAAUAAGUUUGUUAGUAUAUCCUGCAAUACAUACUGUAUGCAGGUUUAGAAAAUGAUAAGCCUGCUUAUUGUUAGGGAUAUUGAGUUUUUCAGAAAAAUUGUAUUGCAGUCGCAUUACAGUUGCCAUGUGUUUGAUAAUGUAGUAUUUAUCAACAUUCCAAUACAAACCUAUGUUAAUUAUGACGUGUUAUUGUUGUUAUUGAUUUCUUUCGAACAUGUGUGAUUAAAACUAAUUGGUAAAAACUGAAA